AUGGGCUCCCGAGCACUCCACUGGCCCCGGGCUGCUCAGUCCUCGCUAACCAAGCAACAUGUUGCUCGUAAUAAUGACCUUGUGGUGAUGUGCCCGGCGCAAUCGCUGCAUAGGGAUGUGCGUGCCCAGCAGACUGCCGAGUUCUCCAGUACUGGGGGGAACUAUGACCGUCUGGGGCGCCGUGCGAAGGAGAAAAUGCUGGAUAAGGAAUUCUUUCUAAGUCUCCUCAGUUCAGCAUCGACGAAACGAGAAGCAAAAUCAUAUCUAUCCCGUUUCAAAGCCAACCUUCCAAAGGAAACCCCCAAAUCCGUUAGUGAACCUCCGAAAGGGCCGGUGAAAGAAGAGUCAUUACCAUCCGGGGUGAACCUCGGAUCUUUCUAUGGCGCCUCUAGAGCAGUAUACGACACUCCGGUGUUCCGGCAAAAUACUACGCCAGUGCCACGAGAACAGGAAUCUUGGGAAAGACUACACUUGGCCUUGAUCAAGGUCACUGCGCCGCAGUCUCUCGACGAUGAGACGCUCACGGGUGUAGCAAAGACAUUUUCACAACUUGUACGUCUGGGAAUGGCGUGCUGUGUUGUUGUCGAUCCGGGAAAUGUGGAUGAUGCCGCCUCAACGCGACAAGUCGCCAAUGAGCAGGCCACUCGGAUCGCAAAUGCAGUAGACGCGCAACCCGACUCAAAAUCUUUCCGUCUUGACUCGGCUCUAUCUAUAUCCGAAAGGGAUCCGAGUAAUCCUACGGUCAUGUCGCGACAAACGCUUCUUCGUCCGCUCCGGAAUGGACAUGUCGUGAUUGUUACGCCAAUUGCAUAUGUGGAUGAAAAUCCUAAAGCUGUACCGGUAUCAGCAAACGAUGCCGUCAUGGCGCUCACCAAGGAAUUUGCCGGAUUGUCUACGAUUCCUGACCCAGACGAGGACCCGGCUGUCACGGCGGAAAGGAUCAGCGAGCUACAGAAGGAGGUUUCACUAGAUCGGGUAAUUUUGCUGCACCCGCUUGGAGGGAUCCCGGCGUUCAGUGGCCCACAGGCAUCCCACGUUUUCAUUAACAUGGAGCAAGAGUUUGAAGAGAUCGAGGAAGAGCUGCUCGAUACACGGCACGCUCUCGUCGGCGAAGGUAAACCUACACGCAGUAAGGACGAAGGACCAGCCUCCAUCCUCUUGGAGAGCAACCCCUUUUCCAAGUUUGUUGACCAAGAAGUUAUCUCGCCUCUUCCUGGGAGAUCGAAUAAGCUCCCAGGUUCCCAGGCUAUGGGCUAUGUGAUUGACGGGCACCUGGAGAAUCUCCGUCUGUCGCAACAAGCCCUGGCCGUGCUCCCCUCUGCCUCCUCAGGCAUCAUCACCUCCCCACAAGAAGUCGCCAAUUCCGCCCGCGCACCCCAGGAAGCGGUAUCAGACGUAUCCGCAGUUGGAACACGGCGCCAGCGCAACCCCCUCAUCCAUAACCUCCUGACCGACAAACCACUCCUGUCAUCUUCUCUCCCUCCAGGCCGCCGCGGGUCAGCUAAUGGAUGCGCAAGCGCCAUCAGCGCCCUUCCCCCGCACUCUACCUUCGUCAAGCGCGGCAUGCCCCUCACCAUUCUACCAAACCCCUCCGUGCAGAUGUGGGCAGCGUCGGGCCAGACUCGCUUGCAACUCAAUGACCCAUCGAUCGACCUGCCCCGACUGGUACACCUAAUCGAAGAUUCCUUCGACCGCAAACUCGACGUUCAAAACUACCUCGAGCGCGUGAAUGACCGCAUUGCCGGCCUGAUCAUCGCAGGCGAGUACGAAGGUGGCGCAAUCCUAACCUGGGAAGCGCCACCAGGCGUAGUCGACGACGGCAGCGAAGCCAGCGCUGCCCGGAUGGUGCCGUACCUGGACAAAUUUGCCGUGUUGAAGCGCAGCCAGGGCGCUGGCGGCGUGGCGGACGUGGUCUUCAAUGCGAUGGUGCGCACCUGUUUCCCCAAUGGGGUAUGCUGGCGCAGUCGCAAGGAUAAUCCCGUUAACAAGUGGUACUUUGAACGGUCGAGUGGGACGUGGAAAUUGUCUGAUAGUAACUGGACGAUGUUUUGGACGACACCUGGGCUGGUGGAGGAUAGCCAGAGAUUCCGGGAUUACGAGGCUGUUUGUCGGAAUAUUCAGCCUAGUUGGGCUGAUAACAAAAGUGUCGUUGAUUGA